AUGGAUCCUUCAGAAGUCAACAUCCCUCCGCUCAAGGACUUGACAAUCGACAACAUCACUGAGAAUGUGCAUAUGAUCAACUCACAAUGCGAUGACCCUCGCAUGAAGUAUCUGCUGGAGAGACUUGUCUCUCACGUUCACGACUUUGCCCGUGAGACCAGGCUCAGCACAAACGAGUGGAUGGCUGCUAUCCAAUUCCUCACAAAAGUCGGCCAGAUCAGCAGCGACGUACGACAAGAGUUCAUCUUGCUCUCGGAUGUCAUUGGUCUUUCUCUUCUGGUUGACAGCAUCGACCACCCCAAGCCCGCUGCCAGUACAGAAGGUACCGUCCUAGGUCCCUUCCAUACCCACGAAGCUCAACUCGAGGGCAACGGCGGCAGCAUCUCACACGACCCCGAUGGCGAGCCUUGUCUAGUCCUCUGCACUGUUAAAGACACCGCUGGCAAGCCAAUCGAAAACGUCAAGAUUGACAUUUGGGAGACGGACAGCAAAGGCUUCUACGAUGUUCAAUACGCUGAAAGAGACGGUCCCGACGGCAGAGCUGUCAUGAAGAGUGACAAAGACGGUGUCUUCUGGUUCAACGCUAUUGUGCCAGUACCAUACCCUAUUCCCCAUGAUGGUCCCGUUGGUCAACUUCUCAAGAAGCUGAAGCGUCACCCAUACCGUCCUAGCCACAUGCAUUUCAUGUUCGAGAAGCCUGGCUACGACAAUCUGAUCACCGCUUUGUAUCUACGUGGUGACCCUUACGAGACUUCAGAUGCCGUUUUCGGUGUCAAGGAGUCCUUGCUUAUCGAUCUCGGCACAGUGUCUGCCGAACAAGCCAAGGAGUAUGGCGUAAAAGAAGGCGGCAAACUCAUCACAUACGACUUUGUCCUUGUAACUGAUGACGAAUCACGCAAGCUGCGAGAAGAAAAGGCCAUGGAGGCCAUGGAGAAACUUGGAAGGAGAAUGAAGCUAUACCAGGGCCUGCCCGUGCCCGACGUCGAUUAG